GGAAGGAAGACUCUGUUAUCCCACUGCGGCUUGCAGGUCAGGUUGGUUUUGUUGGCUGAGUUGGGUUUGUUUAACUUUGGGCAGACCAAAAAAUGGCUCUCUCUUCUCCUUUCCAUUUCACACUUCUACUUCUCCUCUCUUGCCUUGCUGCUUCUUCCCAUGGCUUUCCUGUACACCACAACAACAACCCAUUUCACCACCACCGCCACCCUCGCUUUGCCAGUCACAACUACAGGGACGCCCUUACCAAAUCCAUCCUUUUCUUCGAGGGACAGAGGUCAGGCAAGCUCCCUUCUAGCCAGAGGGUCAAAUGGAGGAGAGACUCUGGUCUUUCAGAUGGCUCAGCCAUGCAUGUGGAUUUGGUAGGUGGGUACUAUGAUGCAGGGGAUAAUGUGAAGUUUGGUUUCCCUAUGGCUUUCACUACCACAAUGCUUUCAUGGAGUGUGGUUGAGUUUGGUGGAUUGAUGAAAGGAGAGUUACAAAAUUCGAAAGAAGCCAUUCGUUGGGCUACUGAUUAUCUUCUCAAAGCUACUGCACAUCCAGACACCAUUUACGUCCAGGUUGGAGAUGCUAACAAGGAUCAUGCUUGUUGGGAGAGACCAGAAGAUAUGGAUACACCAAGAAGUGUUUUCAAAAUAGACAGAAACUCUCCUGGUUCUGAAGUUGCUGCUGAAACUGCUGCUGCUCUGGCAGCAGCUUCACUAGUAUUUAAGAAAAAUGACCCCACUUACUCCAAGCUUCUGGUCAGGAGGGCUAUCAGGGUGUUCCAAUUUGCAGAUAAGUAUAGAGGAGCCUAUAGCAAUGGGUUGAAGAAAGAUGUUUGCCCCUUCUAUUGUGACUACUCUGGAUAUCAGGAUGAGCUGCUGUGGGGUGCUGCUUGGCUGCAUAGGGCCACCAAAAACCCAACUUAUCUCAACUAUAUUCAGGUUAAUGGUGAGAUACUUGGUGCUGCAGAGUUUGACAAUACCUUUGGUUGGGACAACAAGCAUGUUGGUGCAAGAAUUCUUCUUUCCAAGGCAUUUCUUGUUCAAAAAGUACAAUCUCUCCAUGACUACAAAGACCAUGCAGAUAAUUUUAUCUGUUCCAUCAUUCCAGGGGCCCCUUUCUCUUCAGCCCAAUACACUCCAGGUGGACUUCUGUUCAAGAUGAGUGAUAGUAAUAUGCAAUAUGUUACCUCCACUUCUUUCUUGCUCUUAACCUAUGCCAAGUACUUAAUUCAAGCCCAUAAGGUUGUGAAUUGCGGUGGAACUGUUGUCGGUCCAAAUAGGCUACGAAACAUUGCCAAGAAACAGGUGGACUAUCUGCUAGGAGACAACCCAUUGAAGAUGUCCUACAUGGUGGGAUAUGGUCCAAGAUACCCACAAAGGAUACACCACAGGGGCUCAUCUCUACCGUCCAUUUCUGUUCACCCGGCCAAGAUCCAGUGCUCCUCGGGCUUCAGUAUCAUGAACUCUCAAUCACCCAAUCCAAACAUUCUUGUGGGUGCAGUAGUUGGAGGGCCAGACCAGCAUGAUAGGUUCCCAGAUAAAAGAUCAGACUAUGAGCAGUCAGAACCAGCCACUUAUAUUAAUGCACCUCUAGUAGGAGCACUGGCUUACCUUGCUCACUCAUUUGGCCAGCUCUAAUUUCUGUGCAAUAUUAUUAGGAUUUUAGCUGAUUUUUUUUUGUUUUUGUUCCUGUUUUUGCCCCUAAAAUACUUCUAUGGAUGUGAAAUAUGGUGUUGCGUGGUUAUAGGGUCGAGAACUAAAGCUCGAGCCUCAACCCCUAACCAUGAAGAAUAUUGGUCAAAAGCUGUUGUUAUUUUUUAUUCUUCGCUAUUAGCCUAUGGCGUGAGUUCAAGUGUCGUGCUAAGAACGGUGUUGUUCUUGCUUCUAAAGACAUAUUGGUAUUGGCUACUCCAAGUUUUUCGCUUUUUCCUGUUUGAGUCCGUUUUUGGGACUUGUAACAUGUCCGCUAGUGUAGUGUUUUAAUUUGCAAAGUGAACUUGUUUAGAAA